CUAACUCCAGGGCCGUGCGUGUUUCUGAUGCCAGUUGUACGAGUGUUUGCGUCCGUGGUACCCGUGGUCCACAGACCAUGGCGGGCUCGAUCCUGUCCCUGCUGCUUGUCGUCAUACUGCCAGCAGUGCACCCGUUACCGCGUAGGGUGCCGAUAGCGGUGCUGUUCUAUCCGGAGGACCAACCCCUGCAGCACCUGGCACUGCGGUACGCGCUUCAGUACAUCUACGCAGACCCCGAGUUGCUUCCAGGAACAGAACUGUACGAGGUGGAGCUGAACAUGUCACAGGCCGACAGCUUCAGCACCGGCAAGCGAGUGUGCGGUGCCGUCAGUGAGGGUGUAGCAGCAGUGUUCGGGCCACGUGCCCCCGCCACUAUGGGAAUCGUCCAGUCCAUAUGCGAGACCCUGGAAGUUCCCAACCUGCAGAUCUACCCCGAGGUGCCAGAGGACAGAGGAAAAUGCCUCAUUAACCUGCAUCCUGAACAGGAGUCCGUAGCUCAGGCCAUCGCGGACGUUGUGCGGUUCCUGCGCUGGUCUUCCUUCACAGUUCUGUACGAGACGGACGAGGGACUGAUCCGCCUCCAGGAGGUCUUAAAGAGACACGGGCCGGGGGACCCACAGAUCGCUGUGCGACAGUUCCUGCCAGGCACUGAUCAGAGACAACUGCUGAAGGAGGUCAACGCGUCGAGCGAGUUCCGCAUCCUGCUAGACUGCUCCGUUGAACGCGUGCUUCCAUUGCUGCGGCAAGCGCGCGAGGUCAGAAUGAUGAGUGACUAUCACAGCUACUUCAUAACGUCAUUGGAUACUCACACGCUCGACCUGAGCGAGUUCCAGGCGAGUCACACUAACAUCACCCUCUUGCGGCUCGUGGACCCCGAAAACAUCACCGUGCAGCGUGUCGUCAGGUUCUGGACGGAGAAGGAACAGUACUACAAUAGGUCGCUCGGGGUGACGGCGCAAACAGUGCGGACGGAGACGGCGCUCAUGCAUGACGCUGUUUUCCUGUUCGCCCGGGCGUUGCACCGACUCUACUUCGAGCCCAAUGGAAGUUUUCAAGUGCAGUCCCUGGGAUGUGACGUCGGUAACAAGUGGGCCCACGGCUUCCGCCUCGCGAGCUACAUGAAGAUCAAUGAGGUAGACGGCAUGACCGGCAAGAUUCGCUUCGACACGUUCGGACGACGGAGCCAUUUCGAGCUGGGCGUAGUGGAAUACUUCGCGGGCAAGUUCCAAAAGGUGGGCUCGUGGGAGCUGGGUCGCGGUGUCGCCCGCACUCAGUCCGCCAGCAUAGAUGCGAUGGACAGACUGCAAAACAAGACGUUCCUCGUGUCGUCAAGGAUUGGCGAGCCUUUCCUGAUGCACAACAAGGAACCAGGAGAACAUAAGGACAACGAUCGCUACGUCGGCUACUCCAUGGACCUGAUGAAAGAGAUUGCCAAGGUAGAGCCCAACUUCCAGUUCGAGUUCAGACUAGUUCCGAACAACAAGCAUGGCGAACUCGUCGACGAUCUGAUUGCUAGGAGGACAGACCUCGCAAUCUGUGAUCUGACAAUAACACACGAGAGGGAGCAGGUGAUUGACUUCACGAUGCCUUUCAUGAACCUGGGUAUCAGCAUCCUCUUCAGCAAGCCUGUCAAAGAAGAGACACCCCUCUUCGCUUUCCUGAAGCCGUUCUCCAUCGACGUAUGGAUCUACGUGGCCACCGCAUACCUGGGGGUGUCCAUUCUGCUCUUCGUUCUCGCCAGGGUGUCACCGAAAGAAUGGACGAAUCCGCACCCGUGCAAAUCCGAGGCGACUGGAGGGUACCUGGAGACCAAUCUGACGAUGAGCAAUUGUAUAUGGCACAACUGUGGCUCAAUUAUGCAGCAAGGCUCCGAUAUUGCUCCGCAGGCUGUGUCCACUCGCAUGGUGGCCGGCAUGUGGUGGUUCUUCACCCUCAUCAUGUGCGCCUCCUACACCGCCAAUCUGGCCGCCUUCCUAACCCUUAACCGCUUGGAAGGGUCCAUCAGCAGCGCCGAGGAUCUGGCCAAGCAGCACAAGGUCAAGUACGGGACCAUGGCGGGCGGCUCCACUGCGAGCUUCUUCAAGAAUUCUAACGACUCCACGUACAAGCGAAUGUACACGACCAUGUCACAAUCACGGCCUAGCGUCUUCGUGAACAGCAACGAGGAAGGGGUGGAGCGAGUUCAAAAGGGAAAGGGACUAUACGCAUUCUUCAUGGAGUCCACCUCCAUUGAGUACCAGGUGGAGCGCAAGUGUGACCUGCAGCAGGUGGGGGGUCUCCUGGACUCGAAGGGUUACGGCAUCGGUAUGCCUGUCAACUCGCCGUACCGCACGAUGGUGAGUGGCGCAGUGCUGAAGCUUCAGGAGAAAGGAGUGCUUCAGGAGUUGAAGUCAAGAUGGUGGAAGGUGCAACAGGGCGGUGUGUCGUGCUCAGAGGAGGACGCCAAAGCCCCCACGGAGGAUAGCAACAAGCUUGGUCUCGCUAACGUGGGCGGCGUGUUCGUGGUGUUGAUCGCUGGGACGUGUGCCGCCUUUCUGAUGGCCGUUCUGGAGCUGCUGUGGAACUGCCGCAAGAUCGCCGUGCAGGAGAAGAUCUCGCCGUGCGAGGCGCUCCUAUCCGAACUGAAGUUCGCGAUGAACUGCUCGAACGCGAACAAGCCGGUGCGCAGGAAACUGGAGCAGGAAGAUGACGACGACGACGAAAACGCGAUGCCUGUGGGCGUCUCGGCUGGGUCCUUCGUCAGACUCGGCUUCGGGAAGCUGACACAGGCGGAGUAGCAUGUGUUGUGCCUUACUUCAUGUCACGGCUACUGGCCAAUGUGCUGAAUACAUUAACCGUUUAAAGCCCAGUGGUUGCUAUAUGUACCACCCGAUUUAACACACUAAAACGAUGCGUUCUGCCCACAGAGUGUAUC